AUGGUAGAUUUUAAUAAACGAUCGUUCUGGAAUUUUACAUUGAAAGAUAUAUUAGCUAUUAUAUCUUCAGUUGCUAUACCCAUAGCUCUGGCUAUUUACACUGCAAUUGGAUAUCAACAACAAAAACAACAAGCUGAAAAGAAACAAAAGUUUGAUUUUGAACAAUCAGCACAAUUAAGACAACAAACACUUUAUGAUGAAUUCCUGAAUAAUAUUUAUAAAUUAGAUAAAGAUGGUUAUCUCAACGACACAAAAAAUCCAUGGGCAUUUGCAAAUGCACAUUACCGUGCUGCUCAUCGUCAAUGGGAUACAAUACGUAAAGCAGAUGUUAUACAGUUUCUCAAGGAAAAACAACUAAUUGGUAGAAAUAAUUGUACUAAUGGAUGUAGAACAACAAAUCUGGAUGAUAUAAUUCGUUUGAAUGAGUUAAACUUUGAUAAUGUACGUCUAACAAGUGAAACUGGUGUGUUAAAUAAGUUGAAUUUACAAUGUGUGUCUUUUGAUCAGGUAUCUAUGUCAAAUGCGGAGUUUUCAUUUGCUAGUUUAAAUGGUGUAUCAUUUGAUGGAGGACGGUUGGAUAAAGUUAAAUUUUAUGGUUCAACUUUACUUUGUGUUAGUUUUAAUGGUGUAAAUUUGACGGGAGCAGAUUUUACUAACUCUAAUCUGACUGGUGCAAAAUUUUCAAACACUGAUAUGACAGGAGUUAAAUUAACAGAAGAUCAAAUGAAACAGGCAUCUUUUCAUAAUGUAACUAUGCAAAACGAAGACAAGAGUGAAACUAUAUCCUCAACGGCAACAAAAAAGCCUAUAACCCGAACAACAACAAUAAUAAAAACAAAAAUGUCGACAACAUCAUUGUUGUCAUCAACAACAACAGCAACAUCAACAAUAAUAACAACAUCACCAACGACAACGACAAUAUCAACAAUAAUAACAACAUCAACAACGGCGACAACAGCCUUGAUGUCAUCAACAGCAUCAACAACGGCGACAACAGCAUUGAUGUC